CACUUCCUUUGCUCACUCGGUAGUCGCAACUCCUAUAUAUUAUCCGCCCAAUUUCCCCCCCUCAAACAAUCCAUAGUCUCCUUCUCAUCUCUCUUCCGAUCGAUUUCGUGGCGGAGUGGGGUAUGAUCUGAAGAGGAACCACCGAGGAGGGAGAUGCUGGGGUUUCCGAUCGACCACGGGGUUCCCUUCGUCGCCGCUUUCGUUGCGGCGACGUUGUGGGCGGCGGCGACGGCGGCCGUCUUCUUCGAACCCUUCAAUGUCAGCUACGACCACCGGGCCAUCAUAAUCGGAGGAAACCGUCGCAUGCUCAUAUCCGCUGGGAUCCAUUACCCCCGAGCGACGCCUGAUAUGUGGCCUGGGUUGAUAGCUAAGAGCAAAGAAGGUGGUGCUGAUGUUAUACAAACAUAUGUAUUCUGGAAUGGGCAUGAACCAGUCAGAGGUCAGCAGUAUAAUUUUCAAGGAAGAUAUGAUCUCGUAAAGUUUGCAAAGUUCAUUGGUUCACAAGGAUUAUUCCUUCAUCUCCGAAUUGGCCCUUAUGUUUGUGCUGAGUGGAAUUUUGGGGGUUUCCCUGUUUGGUUGAGGGACAUUCCUGGCAUCAUAUUUCGAACAAAAAAUAAACCUUUUGAGGACGAAAUGCAAAGGUUUGUCAAAAAGAUUGUUGAUCUGAUGAAGCAGGAAAUGUUAUUUUCAUGGCAAGGUGGUCCGAUCAUUUUAUUGCAGAUUGAGAAUGAAUAUGGAAACAUUGAAGGCCAUUUUGGUCAAGGUGGCAAGGACUAUGUUAAAUGGGCUGCUGAUAUGGCUCUUAGCCUCGGCGCAGGUGUGCCAUGGGUAAUGUGCAGGCAAACUGAUGCUCCUGAAACCAUCAUUGAUUCCUGCAAUGCAUUUUAUUGUGAUGGUUUUAGGCCAAAUUCUUAUAGUAAACCAGCACUUUGGACAGAGGACUGGAAUGGAUGGUUUGCUUCUUGGGGUGGAAGGGUGCCUCAUAGACCUGUUCAAGACAAUGCAUUUGCAGUUGCUCGUUUCUUUCAAAGGGGAGGAAGCUAUCAUAACUAUUACAUGUUUUUUGGUGGAACGAAUUUUGGCCGGACAGCUGGUGGUCCCUUGCAAACAACUAGUUAUGAUUAUGAUGCUCCAAUAGAUGAAUAUGGCCUUUUAACCCAACCUAAGUGGGGACAUUUGAAGGAUCUACAUGCAGCUAUUAAGCUUUGUGAACCAGCUCUUGUUGCUGUUGAUGAUGGACCACAAUAUGUUAAACUGGGUCCAAUGCAAGAAGCACAUAUAUAUGCUAGUGAAUUUGUAGACACAAGCAAAAGUGUCUCAGAGAAUGUGAGCAUUUGCUCAGCUUUUCUUGCAAAUAUCAAUGAACAAAAAACAGUUACUGUGAACAUUUUUGGUGGAACUUAUACUCUUCCGCCCUGGUCUGUGAGCAUUUUGCCUAAUUGCAUACACACUGCUUUCAACACUGCGAAGGUGACUAGUCAAACUUCAAUCAAAACUAUCAAAUCUGCUUCUCCUAGCUAUUCAAAUGCAACUAAACAUGGACAUGUAGUGCCAUAUAACGAAAACACUCUUUUUUCAAAUAAGUGGGGGACCUUUCAAGAGCCAAUUGGCACAUGGGGCAAUAACAGUUUCACAGCUCAAGGCAUAUUUGAGCAUUUGAAUGUUACGAAGGACAUCUCUGAUUAUUUAUGGUACUCUACCAGAUUAAACAUCACCGAGGAAGAUCUUGCAUUUUGGGAGAAAGAGGACAUACUUCCAAUACUUACAAUUAACAAAACACGUGAUAUGGUUCAAGUGUUUGUGAAUGGCCGUCUUUCAGCCAGUAAAGUUGGUAAUUGGAUUCCAGUAGAGCAGCCUAUUCAUCUGGUUGAAGGAUCAAAUGAUUUAGUUUUAUUGUCUGAGACUGUUGGCUUGCAGAAUUAUGGUGCUUUCCUGGAGAAAGAUGGAGCAGGAUUUAGAGGAGAAAUGAAACUCAGCGGUUUCAAAAAUGGGGAUGUCAACCUUUCUAAUUUUUUGUGGACAUAUCAGGUAGGACUGAUGGGGGAGCAUACAGAGAUAUAUUCCCCUGAGAAUCAAGAGAAUGUAGAUUGGAAAGACUUGGAGUUUGAUUCAGUUUCAUCCUCCUUCACAUGGUACAAGCAGCAAAUUUCAAGUAACAGUCAAAGUGAUAGUCCUAUAUUCCAAGUCUAG